CCCCACCCUUUCUAAGACUAAGAUUUAAAUACCAACCGGGCGACCGAGCUCUGAGGAUUGCAGCUGUAACUACAUUUUUGUCUUAGACCGAACUUCUUUGGUGAUUGCGCCAACAGAAUGAAGGCUCAAAUCUGUCUCCUGUUGGUCCUGCUGGUGGAUCUGAGAUCUUCCCAUGGGCAAGAGGAACCCACGACAGAAGAAAAACAUGGGUCCUGUCCAAAGAUUCCUGAAUUUUCACUUGGACGCUGUGGCAAGGAAUGUACAACAGACGCGGACUGUGAAGGAAAUCUCAAAUGCUGUACAACAGGGUGUGAUGGUCUAAUGUGCCAGGUGCCAGAUGAGAAACAAGGAGUUUGCCCUGAAAUUUCAAACGGAACCACUUGUGACAGUACAGUUCAUUGCACAUCGGAUAGCAAAUGUGAUGAAGGCUUUAAGUGUUGCCCAACUGGAUGUGACGGAUUUGUCUGCCAACCUCCAAAAUAUUAAACUCGGUAAAAAAAGGGCUGGUCUUUUCAUGGAAAUAAGGAAUAUAAAGAAUGUCGUCAACAUUUCCAGUGAUGCAAAACGAUGAGAUCCACUAAGAAUUAUAUACCUAUCUUAAUAAUGAAUGAACCUCUGUACUAAUGUGUAAUCUUCUGCUCAAACAACCUAGUUUUAUUCCCAUCAUGGGCGGUUGUUAGGAUGAUGAGGUCUACGCUACUUAAAUAAAAUAUCAUUAAAACUA